GAAAUUCAGUAACGUUCCCGACGUGUGCGAAUCGUGUCACGCGCGUUCCGCCGACGUCUGCCCGCCCACCAGCCCGCCAGCCACCGCAAACGCCACUAGCCCGCAGUUGAAUCGGAUCCGUUCGCGAGAUAAAAUAAUAAUAAGUGUUAUCAAUAACAUUAAAAUAUAUCGUAUACGGUAAUAAUAAUAAUAAUACUAAUCGUUUCUAAAUAACGAUAUUAUAUCAUACGACACCGUCGUCUCCGAGGAACUGUAAACAGAGAUGACUAACGAUAUGGAAGUCGGCAAUAAAUCAUUUCAUCUCCGGUGGAAUAAUCAUUUGGAAAAUUUACGCGCACUGUUCGAAUGUCUAUUUAACGAACAAAUUCUUGUCGAUGUAACAAUUGCUUGUCAAGAUGGUCUAUUGAGGGCGCAUAAGCUAAUCUUGUCUGCGUGCAGUCCAUACUUUGAGACAAUCUUUCAAGAGAAUCCGUGUAAACAUCCUACGGUAAUUAUGAGAGGUGUUACUUUAAAUGAGAUGCAGAGUCUGUGUCAGUACAUGUACGUGGGUUCUGUUGAAGUACAGGAAAACAGUUUGAGUUCUCUUUUAAAAGUCGCUAGAGAAUUGCAAAUUAAAGGUUUGUCAGAAAAAACUGUAUCCAACGAUCAACCUAAAAACAAACCAACAUUCAAUUAUACACCAAUUAAAUCUGAACCUUCCGACCCAGAUGCCAGUAAUAAGUUUGAAAUGACAAAUGGUAGCACUAGCUCAAUUGAAACCGAUUCCAGGACAUUCCAAGUCCCAUGUGAGGAUGAUUCGUCAGAUAAUAAUACGUCUUUCGAGCACUCAGCUAUGUUAAGCCCUCAAGUUAUGAUGGAUGAGCAUACAGACGAAAACAAACCCACAAUAUUGUCGCAACCCAAGUACCAGCCGACCCAUGUAGAUUUUCAAGCCUUUUUAGAGGCCCAAAAUAAAGUUAACCUAACCGGCUCUGUCGAGUGUCCAACAUGUCAAAGGACUUUCCUGAAUAAACAAAAUCUCAGGCGUCACAUGCAAACCCAUUCCGGACUGAAACCGCAUCAAUGUUCAUUCUGCAAUCUGUCGUUUUUAAGAUUAUCACAUUUACAACGUCACCACAGGACGCAUACUGGAGAACGGCCAUUCAUGUGCACUGAGUGUCCAAAGAGUUUCUCGAGAUCGGACAAGUUAAGAUAUCACAUUAUGCAGCAGCACUCCAGCAUGGCUCACCUUCCUGGACCCAAGCAGAGAGGUAGACCAAAAAAGUUUGAUUCACCGUCCAGCAACGUAGAUGUGACAAUGGUGGCAAACAUUCAAAAUUUUGAAGAACAAUGUGUUCCAGCGCCUGUGCAAGAGUUACAGGAGCCAUUAAACUUGGCUCAUUAGAUCUCUAAAUAUUUUUGACAUGUUUUUUUUGUAAAUUUUUUGUUCAAAUAAUUGUGUUCUUAACUUAUAAUUUAUUAUUAGAGUGUUUGGUUUUAUUAUUAUGUAAAUAAUUAAUGUGUUAAAUCAUAUAUUAUAUAAACUAUAAAGAUAGAUGAUAUCAUUUA